AUGGCCAUGGACGAGGAGUAUCCCAGCCGCUGCUACAACAUCCCCACAGACGUCCUCGCGGAGAUCCUGCGGCGGCUCAUGCCAAACUCCCGCCGCCGAUGCCGCCUCGUCUGCCGGCAGUGGCGUCACACCGUCGACGAGUGCACGUCGACGAACCUGCGGAGCCGCGCCAAGACCCUCCUCGUCUCCAUAAGCUCCUUGUACACCUUGGACGACAAGUGGGGAGUGAGGCCGCUGAUGGCCGGCACGACGGACAGCCGCCGAGAAGUGAUGGAUGUGAUCGGCACGUGCAACGGCCUGAUCUGCUUCUGCGACGACAGCAUGCCCGGCGGCGCCAUCUCGCUGGCCAACCCGGCAACCGGGGAGACGCUCGACCUCCCGCCGCUGCCAUGCGCCGAUAGCUUUAUGCGCGGCCGAUCCCGGUGGCACACCGCGUACGGCUUCGCGCACCACCAGGGCACGGGGCAGUACAAGGUGGUGCGCAUCCCGUGCUGCAUCGACACGCAGUUCGACACGGUGCAGGUGCUGACGCUCGGGGAGACGUCCUGGCGGGACGUUGUGGCGACACCGGCGGUGGGUUGCGCGGGCACGAGGUGCCUCCGUAGUGCCGGCAUCAUCGGUGUCGACGGUGCGGUGUACUGGGUCGCCGACGGCACCGAGAGGAUCAUGUCGUUCGACCUAGAGGCGGAGCGUGUCAGCGUCGUGAAGCCGCUGCCGACCAGGCCCGGGAGCACAUUUUACCUGGUGGAGAUCUACGGGAGGCUGGGGGCUGCCAUCUUCCAUGGCUCGACAAAGCUCGAGGAGGAGAAGACGGACGUGUGGGUUCUGAAGAGCGCGAGGGGGGAGCAGAGGUGGAGGAAGUGGUACUGCGUGGGCGUGGAGACGAGGGUGCAGCCGCCGCAGCAGCUCACGCUGCCGCACUUCGCGCACGGCAACCACGUGCUCACGCGCGGGUACCGGGACGGGAUCGAUAAGCUGUACAAGCACCAGCCCAAGGGCACGCAAAAGGGAUCGCGCAUGCUUCACAUCACCGACAGUAACACCGAUGAAACGCAAGCCAUAGACGGUUAUAUCCACCAAGCAUUCGCCUAUGUAGACACCAAGGAACCGUUGAAUAUUUAUAAGCUUUGGUGA